UCGCUUUAAAGAUUUGGGGUUAAUCCGGCGGAUUAAAGAUGCUGGUUGGGGUUCUGUGUUUGUGGCUUUGCAGCGACGCCGUCUCCUCUCUGCUCCAGGAAACAAAGGACACUUUGAGUCCUGAUUCCGCCGCCGUUCACGGAAAUGCGCACAGCCUCAGAUGGCGCACAGUGAGCGAGGAGACGGGCACGGGGACGCACGGUGCGUGGGCACAGUCCUGCCUGGACUCGGAACCCCCGGAGGUCCCGAGGACAGCGGGGCUGCAGGGCAGUGUGCGUAAAGACGCUCGGCUUGUCGUUUUACGCACGCAUGGAACCGCGCGUAAAGCGUACAGAAAGGGCGAAGAAAACCAGCGCGGGUCCGUCCGGAGGAAGGCAGAACCCGGGAGGAAAAAGCGAAGCGAGCCGAUACUGGAGCCCGUGGCGCAGGAACAAGAACCGUUCGGGCUCAAUGGCACCUUUUACGAGGACGCAUUCACUCCGCCGGACUUUCCCGACAGUACGCCUUUGGCUCCCGGGGACACACGGACCAGACGGAGACAGGUGAAGAACCCGUUCUACCCGGUGAGCGCCGAGUCGUGCGCGGCCUACGUGGUUCUGAUCGUGUCAGUGGCGGUUUUCAGCGUCGGUAUUGUCGGGAACGUGUCGGUCAUGUGCAUCGUGUGCCAUAAUUACUACAUGAGGAGCAUCUCCAACUCUCUGCUGGCCAACCUGGCGCUCUGGGACUUCAUCGUCCUCUUCUUCUGCCUGCCGCUGGUCCUCUUCCACCAACUUACCAAAGACUGGCUGCUGGGGGCGCUGUCGUGCAGUAUCAUCCCCUACCUGGAGGUGAGCGCGUCGGUGGCAUCUCUCGGGGUCACGACCUUCACACUUUGUGCCCUGUGCAUCGACCGUUUCCGGGCCGCCAGCAACGUGCAGACGUACUACGAGAUGGUGGAGAACUGGGUCUCCACAACCGCCAAACUUGCUGUCAUUUGGGCGGGCGCUCUGCUGCUGGCGCUGCCUGAGCUUCUGAUUCGACAGCUGGUCCCUGAGGACAGGGACCUGUCCGACACGGCGCCUUGUGAGCGCUGUGUCAUCCGCAUCUCCACAGAGCUUCCAGAUACGCUGUACGUCCUGGGCCUCACCUACAGCAGCGCCCGCCUCUGGUGGUAUUUUGGCUGCUACUUCUGCCUGCCGACGCUCUUCACCAUCUGCAGCUCAUUGGUCACUGCUCGCAAGAUUCGCCAAGCUGAGAGGACCUGCGUCCGCGGCAACAAAACCCAGAUCCAGCUGGAGAGCCAAAUGAACUGCGUGGUGGUGGCGCUGGCCAUCCUCUACGGCUUCUGCAUCAUCCCGGAGAACAUCUGCAAUGUUCUGGGUGCCUACAUGGCGGCGAGCGUUCCCAGAAGAACCCUGGACAUUCUGCAUCUGAUCAGCCAGCUGCUGCUCUUCUGUAAGUCAGCGGUGACACCGCUGCUGCUGUUCUGCUUGUGCGAGCCGUUCACCAGAACCUUCCUGGACUGCUGCUGCUGCUGCUGUCAGGAGUGCGGCCCGCCCAGGUCUCCCGCCACCGCCAGCGAUUCCGAGAACGAGUGCGCUGCCACGGAGCUGGAGCUGGAGCCCUUCACUAGGGUCUGCAGGGAAGCGACCACACCCACCUACGCCACGGCGGUGACUCACUGCUGAACCAGCCACAGGGGGCGGGGCAAUCAGGUUGACUGACACGGUGGAUUUACUGAGCAUGUUGACAUAUCAGUUGACUGGCAAAUCACAAAAACUGCUGACUGAUUACUGACUGACUGAUUGUUGACUGAUUAGUGAUUCAUUGACUGAUUAUUGACCAACUGAUUACAGAUUCAGUGUUGACCGACUGAUUAUUGACUGGUUGCCUGAUUAUUGACCGACUGAUUGACUGGUUAGUGCCUGACUGAUUACAGACUGAUUGAGUGGUUAUUGAGUAACUGAUUACUGACCACUUGUUGACCAACUGAUUACUGACUGAUUAUUGACUGACUAAUUAUUGAUUGGUUAUUGAUCAAGUGAUUAUUGAGUGACUGAUUACUGUCUCAGAGCACAGAUUCAUUCCAGACUGGUUUAUACUUUGUGCUGACUGUUGAAGAACUGAAGCCAUUAAUGUUUGUUUGUUUGUUUGUUUGUUUUUGGUCGAGUCAGUAGAAAUGCUGAGUUGUGGUUUUCGGUUCUUUUGUGUUUGGUGGCAGAAAGCUGCUCACUGAAAUGUGAUUUUUAUCCACAAAAUAAUGAAUUUCACUUGAAUAAAAACAUUCUCAGACACAUUCUCAGCAUUUGGAAUAUUUUUAGAUUUUUUUUAGAAGAUUCAUGUUAUUUCAGAUGUUAGCUGUUAGCAUUCUAACUUUUCUCAAAGGAUUCUCACUGAAUGAGUUUUGUUUUAGUAUAUUUAAGAAAU